AUGGACGUGAGCCAGGCGGCGUCUGGGACAGACGGCGCCCGGGAGUGGAGGGGCUCGAGGGGAGCUGGGAGGAAGCAGAGCCAAGAUGAGCAACCGCAGUCCAGGACGAACGGGCUUCCGAAACACUCCUACUGGCUAGAUCUCUGGCUCUUCAUCCUCUUCGACCUGGUGUUGUUCCUCAUCGUGUACCUCUUGCCCUGACUGGUUUGCUGAGAGUCAAGAAUGUGGCUUCUGGAGUGAAUCCUGAAACACCUCUACAGACUUCUUGAAUAAAGAGGACUUCCAGCGGCUGAAUUCCAGACCUCUAACCUUUCCUUAAGCCCUUGACCUCCCCCAAAUAGUACCAUGUGUUUCAAACCUGUUUAUAAUGGUUGAAUUAAUGAUUGUAGCUAUCUGAAAUAUAUGUAACACAUAUUUUAAUAAUGUCUGUAACUUAAAUACUUAAGGGAAAUUAAUGUAGAAGUAACUCAUCCAACAGGUAGUGGGCCCCUCACUAUU